AUGGGUUCCUUUAGUAACGCCGUCCUGACUCACCACUCGACGCGACCUCUGACUCCGACAAUAUCGCAACACACUUUCCACCACCUCCCACAGGACCAAGGCCAGUUCUCAUGGCGUCCGUCGCAGUAUCUCGAACUCCAGCUCCCCGCAGGCCUGGAUUUGAUCGGUGGCGAGAGGGCUCUGGACGAUGAACGGCGGAGGAUCCGAGUGACGCCAUGUAAUCCUCCGUGUCGGAAAACGAGAUCUGGACGGGACGACGAGCAUGAGUAUGGAGAUGAGCAGGAGGCUGGCGAUGAGGCGGUUGUCUUCAUCACCCGUAACGGCAGUGUGACGGGGUUGCUUGGUGUUCCGCGAUUUCGCAGUCUGACUAUCCAAGUCGUCGGUGUCGGUGGGGGUUUCACCCCUGGACAUCUCAGUACUUGUACCUUGUCUCCUCCUCCUCCUCCCCCCUCCGGUCUAGUCUGCGUCGCCGGUGGGAUAGGAAUAUGCGCUUUCCUCCCAUCCCCCUUGAGCCCUUGUGACCGCGACGACACGAGAACCAGAAUGAGACGGGCCCUCCUGUGGUCUCUGCACGCCGAUGACAUCGACCUCGUGUCCCAUCUCCUGCAACAGGGUCUACUCGAUCCUUGCCAGUGGACGACAAUGCGCAUCUUCCUCACAAGCGGGGCCGAAGCGUUCGAACAGAAGUCGGUGGUGUCUCUUGGGCCAAAGUGCGACGACAUCGCGGCACGGGUUCGCAGAUCAGGACCAUCGGCGGCGACACUGUCCUUCACUUUUGGACGAAUGACGAUAGACGAUCUAUCUUCGGCGGCGGUGGCAGAGGAUGGAGGACAUGAAAAGGGAGAAACUACGAAAGAUGCUCUCUUAGCCAACACGGCGGGUGCUCCAACGAUUCUUUUCUGCGGGAGCAAGUCGUUGGAAUGGCAGGUCAAGAUGUGGGCGUUGAAGAUGACGCCGCCGUGUCGGGUUCAUACGACUCAGCUGCAGAAAUAG